AUGCUAUCUGAUCAAAUAAAAUAGGUAUUGUCAACAAAAACUACUUCUUUUCUCGCGCCUAGGUUCUCUCGAAAAACAACUUUACUAAAGAAGAGAAAUAAAGCUCUUUCAACAUGUAGUCUUGAAGAGAUAGCAACAUAUACAUAAUAAAAAAGCUAAUAAUAAUAGCCUUAAACUAAGUAACAAGUAGCAAGAUCUGAAUCCUAACACAAUCCAAUAACUCCUAUAGCGACUCCUUAACAGAGUAAUUCAGUGAGUUGUCAAACAAAUACAUCUCUAUUUGAUGAACCUCUGCCUGACAUUCCUGCAUCAGAUCCAAUAUGGUUGGAGAUAAUUCCUUAGGAAGUGUUGUAGGGAUCAACAGUAGAAUAACUUCUCGAAGACAAUAAAGAUUAUUUUUAUUAUUUGUUGGGAUUGUAUCUACAGGAAUAAAUGCAUGGAGAUUUUAACAUGAACAAAUUUAUUUUGCCAACUAAAUGGUAAAGUUAAUAUGGACGUGAUUUUCCACAAAAGUAAAAAGAAAGAUAGGAAAUAAUAAAAAAUACUAUUUAUGAAGAUUAUAAAUCUCCUUAAACCUCAGAGUUUUCAAAGACCAGUUAUAAAAGUCAUUAUUCAGCUUAUCCAAUAAAAGAUUACAAUCCUAAGCUAGAAAGAAGAAUGUAUGAGAAAAGUGAUUUAAAAUUCGCUACUUUAACAACUUAUAAAGUAUGAGAUUUUACAAUAGUGAUUAGGCUAAUCAUUUUGAUUUCUAAACGAAUUAUAAACCUGAGAAGGUUACAGCAUCUAGACAUUUAACAACUGGAGGAUUAACACUAUCUUCUUAGACUUUAUAUAAAACAGAAUAUUAAUGGCCUUAGCCAAUAGAAUAACCUUCAAAUUGUAAAAAUAUCUAUUCUAAAUUGUAAUAAAUAUCGUUAUUAUAAUUAGAAAUCCUAUUCAAUCAUCUGGAAUCUUUUUCGAUAAAUAACGAGAUAUAUAUAGUAAAUUCCCUGUUGAUCCUAUUUGUAAAUCUGCUCCUUAUUCAUAAACUCCUACAUAUUAGAAAUAGUAUGUUUCAAUAACUAAAAAGUAUUUUGUUUUUUGAAUUAAAAUUAGUGAUUUCUAAGCAGGAAAACUUGGAGAAGUGGCUUAAAUGAAAAAUUGGAGACAAAGUGUGAUUAGGAGAAUGAAUUAAUUGAGAAAACAAUCGCAAAUAUGAUCUU